AUGGUAAGGAUGGAAGUCAAUGUUAAGAAUGUCCAAACAGAAGAAUUCGGUGCCUUACCUUGUCUAGCUCGGGCUGUUCGGAUUUUGUUGGUAGAUCAUGACAUAACCUCACACAUUUCCCUUACAUCUAUGUUUGUGCAACAAAAUUAUAAAGUGACCACUGUUGAAUCCGCAACUCAGGCACUGUCAUUCCUUGAAGAGAAGGAGGAGAAUUAUGAUAUGGUAAUUGCUGAAAUUCCCAUGCCAGAAAUGAGCAUCUCUGAGUUUGCAGAGAAAAUUCAUGGUCACAUGAUUGCUAAAGAUUUACCAAGAGAGUUAAUGUUGGAGGCUUUUGACAAUGGGGUGUGCUAUGUCCUCCCAAAGCCACCUAGUCAAAGUGACAUUGCAGGAUUGUGGCAGCAUGUCCGUCGAGUGACAGGAGAAAUGCCUGCUUCGAUAGACUUCUCUAACUUUCGAUUAGAGGAUUGGGACAAUCCUACCAGUGAUAGUGGUAGGGGUGGUUCUGCAAGAAAUCAAGAAGAGAUGAACUUAAAGAUGAAAGGGGUCGUUACUGAAGAAGGCCAUGCAAAAAGGAAACAGAUCCAUAUUGCAGGCACUUCUGGUUCUUCAACUGACUUUGAGGUGGAGGAUGGUCACUACUCUAAGAAGACAAACAUCUCUUAUUAUUUGCAUUUUCAUGAGAAGUUUUUGAAUGCAAUAAGCACUCUCGGUGAACAUGAUGCUCAGCCAGAGAAUAUCUUAGCAUUGAUGAAUGAGCCUGGCUUGACAUAUGACCAGGUUGCUAGUUAUUUGCAGACAUAUGAAGAACAGAAGAGACUCUUGUCGAACGUGAUGAAAACUGCUAGUCCAGUUAUGCCAGCACCGGUAACCAAUUCCAACCAAGGAAAUGCCUUCAACUACCCGGGCAACCAAUAUGGUGUCCCAGUACCAUACGCUGGAAUGCAACAACCACAAGGUGCAAGUGGUUAUUUUAGCAAUAGAUGGGAGGCUCAAGAACGAGGAGGUUCAAGCCUUCAUUACCCUGGCAACAAUACUGCGAACGCAGUUAUCAACCCAUAUGUCGUCCAAGUACCACAGGGUAAUGGUGGAAUUCAAGAACCACAAGGUGCAAGUGGUUACUUGAGCAAUAGCGGGGUGCCUCUAAAUCAAGAACAAGGAGGUUCAAGCCUCGGUUACCCUCGCUACAAUAGUGGUGGUUCAAGUAUUGGUUACGUGAACAAUGGUUGGCAGGUUCCCAACCAAGGACCAGCAGGUUCCAGUAUGCACUUGAGGAAUCGUUGGGAGGCCAUGAAUCAAGAGCCAACAGGUGUAUCUGGAACUGCACCAUAUAGCUUUGGAAAUGCACCAGCAGCUGCAAGCACACACUUGAGCAAUAAUUUCGAGGCUUCGAAUCAAGGACCAGCUGGUGCAUCUGGAACUGCACUAUAUGGUUCUGGAAAUGCUGGCAAUACGGGUGCCAUGAACAACAAAAAUCACGGAGAAGGCACUAGUGGUUCCGGUCAGCUGUUUGAUGGACUACCUAGCGAUGAAGAAAUUAGCCGAAUCUUGCAGGACUUUGAAGACUCUGGAGGUGACUUGUAG